CAUUACGCCAACGAUAGGAUCGCUCCGCCCACUAAGUCACGUGGUAUCGUCUUUCUAAACCUUAGACAACUUUCGCAAUAUGGCUGCUCGCUUACGACAUUUACCUUGUGAUUUUGGAGAGCAUUUUCUCUUAUAUAAACCUUCGCUUCGGCAACGAAUUCAGAGCAGAAAGUUUGCAAACGAGAGUUAUGUUGCAUCUGUAAAGGUUUUCCAUGGAAGAGAUGGGGUUAUUGAUGUGAAAUCCUCAGUUUUCCGUUCACAAAGAAAAUCUGAGAAACCGCAUACAAUCAACAUGGCGGUAGGGAAAAAAUCCAUCUCUGACGCUCAUUGUUCAUGUAAAGCAGGUAUAUCUGGGGAAUGUUCCCAUGUUUUAGCAGUUGUUUUAAAACUGACCGACUGGUUAACUGAAGGUUUGAUUGACAUUCCAAGCCGGCCUGCCUGUACCAGUCAACCUCAACUAUGGGAUAGGCCACGUGGUGUAAGGAUUUGUCCUGAACCUGUGUCCACUGUGACUAUGUCAAGGUCGGGUAUAACGGGUAGAAAGAGACGGCCUCUAGUUCCAACAUUUAUUGACAAUAGAAAAGUACAAGUGCUUGACAGUGACAUAGAGCUCCUUCAGUCAAUGGAUAACACUCAUUUAGGCUAUAUGGCUAGCAAACCAUUUGGUACAACAGAUACAACUCAUGGGUCACAGCACAUCAGUAGUACACUAUCUCAUCAGCUGUUACACCAGAUGGGAAAGUCUGCUGCAAUGGUCAAUCUGGCCUGUUAG